UGAUUGCAUUUAAAAAGUUUAAAACUUCUCAACGAUUAUGUAAUUUAUGAACGAAAUAGUCGUCGACUUAUUGUUUAUAAACACGAGUUGUGAAGACUUGCCAUCAAUUUGAUUGAUCCGUCAAUUGAUCCGUCAAUUCGUUGGAUUUGUGACCAAAUGGGCGAAGAGAUGGACCAAAAGAGAGGCGUUUUGAUGGUGUGUUUGGGAAACAUCUGUCGGUCGCCCAUCGCAGAGGCCGUCUUCAACCACGUGAUCGCACAAAGAGGUCUUCAAAGCCAAUGGUUCACUGAUAGCGCCGCCACAGCUGGUUACCACACAGGCUCACGACCCGACUCACGAGCCCUCAAAGUGUUGAAAGGACACGGAAUCGACACCAAUCAUAGGGCCCGACAGUUGCGCGAAGAGGACUUCCAUCGCUUUGACUACAUCUUCGGUAUGGAUGACAACAACAUUGAAGACAUCAAUGAUAUGAAGCCUAGAGGAAGCAAAGCUGUGGUCGAGUUGUUGGGCAAAUACGACCCCCAGAAGCACACCAUCAUUGAAGACCCUUAUUAUCAGAGGGGAGACCAGGGCUUUGAGACCAACUAUGAACAGUGUUUACGC